AUGCGCGCCAAGCGCUCCUUCAAAAUGCAGUAUAAGCGCGAAGUGCUUCGCAUGGUUGCUACGGUAGGCAUUGAUGAAACUAUUAAACAGAGUAGCGUGCCGCGUUGGACCGUGCGCGACUGGGUGAAGAACGAGGACAAGAUUACAAGCUUCAGCGGCUCGCAGAAAAGCAAGGCCAUGAAAGGUCAAGGGAGAAAGGAGAUGAUCCCUUUCUCACAUACUUUGGUUUUGUAUAUGAAAAAUGAGCGUCGAGACAACAACGUAAGUGUUAUCUGA